AAAACUUUUUUUUUUUUCAGCUAUUUGUUGUGAUAAGAGGAAAAUUCCCGGCAAGAAGACGAAGAAAGAAGAGAGCGCAACAUUAUGAAUAUUAUUAUCAGGAUGUGGAGCUGGUUAAGCGCAAUGAUGUUAAUAUGACAUCACCCACAUUUCCAAAGACUUCUGCGACAUCAGGGAAAAGCUUGACAAGAACAAUUGAUGUUGAAAACAAUAAGAACAAUGACAAAGUUUUAGGGAAAGCAGAAAAAAUUAAUGCUGCUAAAAUGAGUGUUGAGGAACCCCAGGCUCAUAAAGUCAUAAUACAAGAAGGAAAGCAAGUGACUGUGAAUGAUAAAGUUGGACAAUUGCCAGUUGUUGUUUUCAGCCCUCCCACAGAAAGUGUAAUUGAUAAUCAUGAUGUUCCCUACAUUGAGAUUCGAGAAAGUGAUAUCUCCAGCCAUGACGGUGCAAGGUUUUUAUCAUCUAAAUCUAACAUUGCCAUGUUUCCUUCAACUAUUGUUGAAGGAAACAUAGCAAAAGUUUCUCAGUCAGUAUUCAAAAAAUCAGAAAAUUUAAAAAGACUUGCCCCCACCCUACCUGCUCAAAAUCUUGCUUCUGCAGCACAAACUACAUGCAUGUCUAGUGACUUGAAGAAAAGCACAGUGGUCAAAGAAAGCACUUUUCCACAAGCACUCCAGAGUAAGCAAAAAAUAAUAGUCAAAACUGUAUCUUCCAUUAAUGAAACUGUCUUGUCUUCCAUUGCUAAGCCUGUCUCGUUAAAAUAUUUAGAAAACCCAAAUAAUCCAAAAUUAUUAAAAAGUCAUUUAAUAAGCCAAGAUACAGAUUCAACAAUAGAUUUUAAAGAAAAAAAAAAUUUAGGUGAAGCAAACUGCAUUGACAAGAAUGUACCAAUUAAGAAAGAACUCAAAGAAAAUGAGAACUUAUUGACCAGUAACGACAAAGCAAAUACUCCAUUAGCUGAGCGACAACUGCCAGAUAUGGAUGUGCUUGACUACUUUAGAAAUGAAAUGGUUGAGAAUAAUGAAAAGAUGUUUGUAAAUCCUAAAGUGAAUUUUGAACCAUCAUUUCUUUCUGAAAGAUGUGGCAAUUCUGGAGAUGAAAUACAAAUAAUCCAAAAUGAAGAGCCUCUUAGACAUACACAGAUACAUGUAUUGAGGAAUGUGAAGUCUAAUAAUACCAUUAUAGAAAAGGAAAUGACUAGCUGUGAAGUAGAAAUAGUAAAAGAAAUUAAUACUGAAGGCAUUGUUGAUACUGCAAAAGCUGGUAACCAAGGAAGUUCAAAAUCUGGUCCAGUGCCUGCUAGUAUUGUGAUUAAAGUUAAUACUGAGAUUACCCAAGGUAAGGCUUGCAGCAGUGACAAAAGUGAACAUAAAUUAAGUAAUGCUACAUUGAAUAUUAACAGUGUAUCAACUGGAAAGGAAACUAUGGUUGCUAAAGAGAGCAAUGUUAUGCCUUGGAAGAAUACACAGGUAGAAGAUGGAGUUCAGUUUGACGAGCCAAGCCAGAAAAUUAGUAAAAUUGGCAGCAUAACUAAAGCCCAUAUUAAAUCAAGUAGAAGAUGGGAUGAGGAUCUUAGAAGUUUUGCAGUAUGUAAUAAUACUGAUAGUAUAUCUAAAUCUGAAGUGAAGAAAAGGUCAAAAAGCUAUAAAGAGAAAUGUUCACAGAGAAAAAGUGCAAGUGAAGAAUCUUCAUUAUCAGAAAAUAACACAACCAAGACUUGUGUAAAGGACAGUACUUGUUUGAGAGUUGACAAUAAGCAGAGAGCAAUCAAAAUUAAAAAGGCAGUUUUGAGCACAGCUUUUGAUUUAUUAGAAACAGGAGGAUCAUUAACUGAUUUUGAAAGAACUCAAAAGCUAGAAGCGGCGAUGUUUGAGGACAAUCCUGCAGUUCAUUACAUGAGUGGAAAUACCAUUAUUGGUACAAAGGCUAAUCUUGAAGAAUUAUCGUGUAUACCUUCAGUUGCACUUAGAUAUUUCACAAUAGAUUCUUUUGAGCACAUCACAUUUCUGCUGGAGCACCACCAGAUGUGUCCUGGCCUUUGGUGCCAGAUUUGCCACAUUAUCCGGGCUGCUUAUGUACAUGUCACACUGUUCAAUCAUCGUUGCCCUGUGUGGUAUUCAUUUAUAAGACUUGUAAGCUGGCAUUCCCGAAUGUGUAAGAAAGUCAGCUGUUCAGUAAUCUUCUGUAACUUUGUGAAGCAUGAGCUGUACAUGUCUCAGAGUGAACUGAUUUUGUCAAAUCAUAACUUAAACGAGCAUAAAAUUUUAGAGACUGAGUUUAGCAAUUGUGUCAGUUUAGGGCCUCACAGUGCUGAACUGCACUGCAAUCACCACCAAGUUACAGAAUUGCCAAUUUCUUCUACAAAGAUCAAGAGUUUUCAUCAGGACAAUGUAGAGGCUCGUGCUCUCAGGCUGAUGAGUGAUGUCCUGCUGCCAAACAAACCUGAAGCUAAACAAAUUGUAACACCUAUAAUUUGGACUUUUAAGUUUGUUGCCUCAAACUGCAACCACAGUGCAAAACCCAUGAGCUAAGAUUGAUAUAUUAGUAUGUACUAAUAUUUAGGAUUGUGUAAUCUGUAUAUAAUGAUGUAGUAUAUAUUGGUAUAGUAAAUGGUUAAUUUUUUUUCAAA